UCAGUGCGCAGGAGCCGGGGGCUUCCGCUCUUCAGCAAUUCUUAAGUAAGCACCUCCAGCGGCUUAGGAGGCUUUCCAGGGGGGGAGACGUGGGUGUCUUAGCUUCUCAGCCUCGCUGCUGCAAUAUCCAGGGGUGCGUCUCCCCCUUUUCGAUUCUUGACGUCAAGCUCCAACAGCGCGGAGCCUGGCAAGGGCGGUGGAGAGCAGAAGGAGGGUGGCAGGGAGGGGAAGCCAUUGCAGCAACAGCUUGCAGGAGGGAGCUGGACGUCUCCCGGUGGAACAAAACCGGGAGCGGGGGCCGGAGUAGGGGGAGGAAGGGGACCUGCCCGUUCAGGGAGCCGCCGGGUUGCUGCAAAGAGGGGCGGGGAAAGGCGGGGGCGCUGCAUGCAACGCUCUGGCUCCAGCGGUGCCCGCGGGGAAUGUGACAUCAGCGGCGCCGGGCGCUUGCGGCUGGAGAAGGCAGCUCGCCUGGGCUGCGCGGUGCACACCUCGCCCGGGGGAGGACGCGGACUCGGGCAGGCGGCCGGGAUGUCGGCGAAGGAGAGGCCAAAGGGCAAAGUGAUCAAGGACAGCGUGACCCUCUUGCCCUGCUUUUAUUUCGUGGAGUUGCCUAUAUUGGCAUCAUCGGUGGUUAGCCUGUAUUUCCUUGAACUCACGGAUGUCUUCAAACCCGUGCACUCUGGAUUUAGCUGCUAUGACCGGAGUCUUAGCAUGCCCUAUAUUGAACCAACCCAGGAGGCAAUUCCAUUCCUCAUGUUGCUGAGCUUGGCUUUUGCUGGACCUGCAAUUACGAUUAUGGUAGGGGAAGGAAUUCUCUACUGUUGCCUGUCCAAAAGAAGAAAUGGGGUUGGACUGGAGCCCAACAUAAAUGCCGGAGGCUGCAAUUUCAACUCCUUCCUUAGAAGAGCCGUCAGAUUCGUUGGUGUUCAUGUGUUUGGACUGUGCUCUACAGCUCUCAUUACGGAUAUCAUACAGCUCUCCACAGGGUAUCAGGCACCAUACUUUCUGACUGUGUGCAAGCCAAACUAUACCUCUCUGAAUGUGUCUUGCAAAGAAAAUUCCUACAUUGUAGAAGAUAUUUGCUCAGGAUCUGACCUUACAGUUAUCAACAGUGGCAGAAAAUCAUUCCCUUCUCAGCAUGCGACCCUCGCUGCCUUCGCGGCUGUGUACGUUUCGAUGUACUUCAAUUCCACAUUAACGGAUUCCUCUAAGCUUCUCAAACCCCUCUUGGUCUUCACCUUUAUCAUCUGUGGGAUCAUCUGCGGGCUCACCCGAAUAACUCAGUAUAAGAACCACCCAGUUGAUGUCUAUUGUGGCUUUUUAAUAGGAGGAGGAAUUGCUCUCUACUUGGGCCUGUAUGCUGUGGGGAAUUUUCUGCCUAGUGAUGAGAGUAUGUUUCAGCACAGAGAUGCCCUCAGAUCUCUGACAGACCUCAACCAAGACCCCAGCCGAGUUUUAUCCGCUAAAAAUGGUAGCAGCAGCGAUGGAAUUGCUCACACAGAAGGUAUCCUCAACCGAAACCACAGAGAUGCUAGCUCAUUGACAAACCUUAAAAGAGCAAAUGCUGAUGUGGAAAUCAUCACUCCACGGAGCCCCAUGGGGAAGGAGAACAUGGUUACCUUUAGCAAUACCCUGCCUAGAGCCAACACCCCAUCCGUAGAAGACCCUGUCAGAAGAAAUGCCUCCAUUCAUGCCUCUAUGGAUUCUGCUCGAUCAAAGCAGCUUCUCACCCAGUGGAAGAAUAAGAAUGAAAGUCGGAAGUUGUCCUUGCAAGUUAUAGAGACUGAGCCUGGACAGUCACCACCCAGAUCCAUAGAAAUGAGGUCAAGCUCAGAGCCCUCCAGGGUGGGGGUGAAUGGAGACCACCAUGCUCCCAGCAAUCAAUACCUCAAAGUACAGCCUGGCACUGUCCCUGGGUGUAACAAUAGCAUGCCUGGGGGACCAAGAGUGUCCAUUCAGUCCCGCCCUGGGUCCUCACAGUUAGUGCACAUCCCCGAGGAGACCCAGGAAAACAUAAGCACCUCUCCCAAAAGCAGCUCUGCUCGAGCCAAAUGGUUGAAAGCUGCUGAGAAGACUGUGGCCUGUAAUAGAAGCAACAGCCAGCCCCGAAUCAUGCAAGUAAUCGCUAUGUCCAAGCAGCAGGGCGUCCUCCAAAGCAGCCCCAAGAACACCGAAGGCAGCACAGUCUCCUGCACAGGCUCCAUCCGCUACAAAACCUUGACAGACCAUGAACCCAGUGGGAUCGUAAGGGUUGAGGCUCACCCAGAGAACAACAGGCCCAUCAUACAGAUCCCAUCCACUGAAGGCGAAGGUAGUGGCUCCUGGAAAUGGAAAGCCCCUGAAAAGGGCAGCCUUCGCCAAACUUAUGAGCUCAACGAUCUCAACAGGGACUCAGAAAGCUGUGAGUCCCUGAAAGACAGUUUUGGUUCUGGAGACCGCAAGAGAAGCAACAUAGAUAACAAUGAGCAUCACCACCAUGGAAUCACCACAAUCCGGGUCACCCCAGUAGAGGGCAGCGAAAUUGGGUCAGAGACGCUGUCCAUUUCCUCCUCCCGCGACUCUACCCUGCGGAGAAAGGGCAACAUCAUCUUAAUCCCUGAAAGAAGUAAUAGCCCUGAAAACACUAGAAAUAUCUUCUACAAGGGAACCUCCCCAACACGGGCUUAUAAAGAUUGAGUGAUGGCAUUCGGCA